AUGUUCAACAUCCGGAGACUCCUCUCCGCCCUCCUCCUCGCCGGAGUGGCGCUGGUCUUCUUCGCUCAGACGGCUGAGGCUGCCAAGGGUCCCAAGAUCACCCACAAGGUCUACUUCGACAUCACCCACGGCGAUGAGCCCCUUGGCCGCGUCGUCAUGGGUCUCUACGGAAAGACCGUUCCCAAGACCGCCGAGAACUUCCGCGCUCUCGCCACCGGCGAGAAGGGCUUCGGCUACGAGGGUUCUACUUUCCACCGUGUUAUCAAGCAGUUCAUGAUCCAGGGUGGUGACUUCACCAAGGGCGACGGCACCGGUGGCAAGUCCAUCUACGGUGAGAAGUUCGCCGACGAGAACUUCAAGCUCAAGCACUCCAAGAAGGGUAUGCUGUCCAUGGCCAACGCCGGCAAGGACACCAACGGCUCCCAGUUCUUCAUCACCACCGUCAUCACUUCUUGGCUCGAUGGCCGCCACGUCGUCUUCGGCGAGGUCCUCGAGGGGUACGACAUCGUCGAGAAGAUCGAGCAGGCCGAGACUCAGCCCGGCGACCGCCCCGUCAAGACGAUCAAGAUCGCCAAGAGCGGAGAGCUGGAGGUGCCCCCUGAAGGCGAAUACGGCCAAAGCGAGUUUGCGGCAGGCUACUCCAACGAGGACACCCCGCUGGAGGUUGGUUCCGGCGAGGGCUGGUCCCUCCUCCAGAAGGCUUUCUUCCUCGGUGUCGUUGUCGCCGCUAUCGCCAUCUACAUGAGAAUCAGCAAGACCAGGGCCGCCAAGGAGGACGUCGGCUACGAGAAGACGAUGGCCUAG